AUGCUCCGUGCAUUCUUCAACUUGCAAAAGCUAUCUCACCUCCGGGACUUGGGGAUCGAAGUGAUCGAGCUUGAUGUAGAAUCAACCGAGUCCAUCAGGGCAGCUGCCGAGACGGUCAACUCAUUUACAGGCGGCAGACUUGAUUUCCUCAUCAACAAUUCUGGGAGCGGCUACAACGCGACCGUUUUAGACACGGAUGUGCAGCAGGCGAGAAAGAUGUUUGACGUUAACGUGUUUGGCCUCCUUGAGGUCACCCAAGCUUUUGCUCCCCAGAUCAUUGCCGCCAAGGGUCAAAUCAUCAACAUUGGUUCUCUUGCUGGCGUGAUUCCUGUACCAUACCAGGGACUGUAUAACGCAUCGAAGGCCGCAAUUCACUCGUUGUCUGACACCCUUCGGGUGGAAAUGGCACCAUUUGGCGUCAAGGUUGUUACUGGAGGAGUGAGAACCAACUUCUCCCGCAAUACCCCAGCGUACCAUUUCCCAGAAGAUUCCCUCUACAACACUGCUAGGGAUAUCCUCGAACCCGUCAUGGCUGGUCGCAGCACCGACAUGUUUCAUACGACGCCGGAGGAGUUCGCGAAGGGCAGACCUGCGGCAGAGUCGGCAUUCCCCGGCUCCUGA